AUUUUGUGCAAAUUGCAAAUGCAAGGAGGUGUAAAUUUUAUACGUUGUUUAUUGAAUUGAAAUCUGAGUCAUACCUAUUUCUACAAUUAAAAACUUAUAGUCCUUUUAAACAAUCAAAUUCUGGCAUAGAAAAUGUCGUUUUUUGGUAAAUUGUUCGGUGGUAAAAAGGAGGAAGCCCCGUCGACCAGCGAUGCCAUCCAGAAGUUGAGAGAGACCCAAGAUCUUCUGACAAAAAAACAGGAAUUUCUCGAAAAACAGAUUGAUGAUUGUCUUAUCGUCGCCAAGAAAAACGCAUCCAAGAACAAAAGACUUGCAUUACAAGCCCUCAAAAAAAAGAAACGACUGGAAAAGACCCUCCAACAAGUAGAUGGAACUUUAACUACCCUCGACUUGCAAAAGGAUGCCUUAGAAGGAGCCAAUACUAAUGCCGCAGUACUCAUUUCCAUGAGAGAUGCGGCUGCGGCUCUCAAACAUGCUCAUAAGAACUUGGAUAUUGAUAAUGUCCACGAUAUUAUGGACGACAUAGCCGAACAACACGAUAUAGCUAAUGAAAUAUCCAAUGCCAUCAGUAACCCUGUAGGAUUUGGUGAAGAUAUCGAUGAAGACGAAUUAACCAAAGAACUGGAAGAGUUGGAAGCGGAAGAAAUGGAAAAAGAGCUUGUGGAAGUGCCCGGACCAAGAAAACUACCAGAACUUCCAAAUGCAGAGGAUUUGGAAGAGGCGGCGGCCAAAGAGAAAGUCAAAAAACCAGCCAAAAAAGUGGAAGAUCAAGAUGACCUAAAAGAAUUGGAAAAUUGGGCCUUAUAAAUCAAUUUCAAUAAAACACUGAAAGAAGCAAAGAAAAUUAUACAAGAUAGACAGCUGCAAAGCUACAAGUUUUUAACAAAAAAUAUCUUUGACAAAAUAAUUAUUAUAUUCUAAGCGAGAUUUUAUUCUAUCUUAUUUUUUAAAAGAAGUGUAUCCAAAAAAUAAAUCUAGUCUUGUGAAAAUUGUAAAAAACUUCAUCCUACUCGUUAUAUUACUCAAAGAAAUAAUGGUAUCAAAUAUUUGGAAAUGUUUGUUUUAAUGAUAGACUUAUUGAAUCACAAUAGGCUUUUUUUGGGUACACGUCUAAUUAAGAUGAAAUCUUUAUUUUCGUUUUCAGUUGAAAAUAAUAUUUUUUACCUGAUUUUUCUUUUGUAUAAACCUAAUCUGAUAGGUAUCUGCCAGCUGUUAUGAUGAGGUUAUAUUUUGUAGAGAUGCAAACAACAAAUUUUUGAAAGAAAAUCAGGCAAAAAAAUUUGUGAUAGUUCACUAAAAAUCGAAUAAGUGUAAGUGUAAUAGAUUUACUAAAAAAUAAUAAUACUUUUUAUCAUUGUGCUUGAGGCUAAAAAAAAACUUAAGUGAGAGAUGCCUUAUUGCUGAAAAUAAGUAGCUUUUCAACAUCUACAAUUAGCUGUAAAUAUUUUAUUAAGUUGAAAUGGUUUUAAAGCCAUACAAAAUAAGGGAAGUUUUUUUUUAAUUGCUAUUAUCACGUUUUUUGUUAUAUGUAUUUCACUACAUUAAGGAUUGUAUUUGGUAAAUUUGAAUUAAUAUAUUUAUAUUUAG